GCUGUUAAACACUUUUGAAGCUUUGUUAAUUUUCUUAUUUUGUUCUAUUAUUUUUAAUCUAUUUCUAUUCAAUGCUGUUUUUUAUUGUUAUUUUAUUACUGACUGUUUACUAGUCUUAAAUAAUUACUUAAGAACUUGAAACAAUUCUUCCCUAAUUAACAUAAUAGUUAGUGUUUUUAUUAGUUGUGGUUUUGAAGCUGGUAUUGAGGAUCAUCAAAUUUCACUACCGACUGCUGAAAUGUUGGUAUUGUGAUAAUGUAUAGCCUAUAUUGUACAUGGUAGAUAUUGAUGCAAUAGCAUGAUGAAAAAGUAGAUAUAAUUCAAUAGAAAUAUGAUCUUCCCUGCUGUUAAUGGUGGCGAUGGAGGCUUUUGUUUAUUUGACUACCAUACGUGACGUAAAAUAAUUACCAUAUGACAAUAGCCUCCUCCCUACCCAGUGCAGUUUCCAUUUCUGUCGUAGAGAAUUGAGUUGAUUGUAUAGGUACACUAUUAGGUUGAGCAUCGAUCUAAAUUUCAGGAAACACACAGCAGAAACGUUGACAUGUUACUUGAGCAUGUAACUUAAAUGUACUGCGGACAAGUAACUUUUUUACUUAGACAAGUGAAUGACCAAUUUACUUGUCCAGAGGAGAAGCACAUGACAAUGCUUAAUGUCAGCCUUGAUUGGAGCUGGCUGGUGUCCUGAGGUGCUGAAGCCUCUAUUAUGGCUUUUACUUUAGAAGAUUCUUUGUGAAGUCCCUGAGCAUCAAUUACAUGUCUUAGCUACUCACAUUUAUCUUUUAGAACUUUCACUGGAGCGUUGUGUCUAGAUUACUCAGGUGCUCAAUUUCUGUCUCUCCUAUUACCAAGAUAUCAUCUAAGUAGCACGGAACCCCAGACAGGCCACUUAACACCUUGUCCAUAGCUCUCUGGAACAGUGAAGGUGCUGAAGUGAUACAAAAAGGAAGACGCUGGUGUCUGAACAGUCCUUUGUCAUUGACACCGAGGGUGAAGUAGUUCUCAGAGUUGUGCUUAAAGUUUAACUAGAAGAAGAGUGAAGGAGCUGCACAAGCAAAUAUUGUUGUAUCCUCCUGUUGAUUUUGCCAAUUCAGCUUCCUCUAAACUCCUGGUUGAGGAAAGAUCUUUUGUUCAACACUUAUAUCUGCUCCACCACAACACACAGAGAUUGUGAUUCACCUCUUCAGUGAAACCACUUCUACAACAAUUAACCAAUAAAUGCUGUUAUUAUUUCCAUCAUCCUACAUGUGAAAAAGGAGAAAAACCUUGAAGUGUAACCACUGAGCUACUGGCAUACUAUUUCAAAAAUGAAGUUUGUUAAAGAGGAGACUGAAGUCAUGAAUGAUCCAGAGCCACACAGAAUGGAACGUGAAGAUAAUGAGAAACAAAGAGACUUGAUAAAAGUAAAAGAAGAAAGUCAAGAACUGAAUGACGUGGAGGAGAAACAUCAUCAGCAUCAUACAUUUGAUCAUUUCAUGACUGGAGAAGGAUCAUUUAGUGGCUCAAAGACUGACAACAAUUUCUCACAGAAAAGUUCUUGCACAAAAGCCAUGAAUUAUUUUACCUGCUCUCAGUGUGGAAAGAAUUUCACACGAAAAGGAGAUUUAAACUGUCACGUGAGAAUUCACACGGGAGAGAAGCCUUUCACCUGCAAUCAGUGUGAAAAGAGUUUCUCACACAAAAGAAACCUUGUCGCUCACUUAAAACUUCACACGGGAGAGAAGCCUUUCUUGUGCUUUCAAUGUGGAAAAAGUUUCUCAUUUAAAAGAGACCUUAAGUGUCACAUGAGAAUUCACACUGGAGAGAAGCCUUUCACAUGCCAUCAGUGUGGAAAGAGUUUCGCAGAGAAAGGACAUCUUCUGCGUCACGUAAGAAUUCACACUGGAGAGAAACCUUUCACAUGUCUUCAGUGUGGAAAGAGUUUCAAACAAAGGGGCCAUCUCACAAUUCAUCUGCGCUAUCACUCUGGAUUAAGACCAUUUAAGUGUGAUCAGUGUGGCAAGACGUAUACGUGGGCAUCACAUCUAAGGGCACAUGUGUCAACUCAUGCAAAUGUGAAGCCUUACGUGUGUGCUUUUUGCGGAAAUAGUUUCUCUUUCUCGGGACACCUGAAAGCACAUGAGAGAGUGCAUACUGGAGAGAAGCCAUUUCACUGCACUUCAUGUGAGAAGAGUUUCACCCAAUUAAGUAGUCUAAAGACUCAUUUAAAAAAAAAUUGUCCAAAAUUGGCAUUGUGAGCAGUUCAUUUCAUAGUCAACACUGUAUUUGAAGUAGUCCAGCUUCAUUUUAUUAGAACUGAUGUGGUUUUGAAAGUCAUGAAAUAAAGAUCUACAAAAGUUAGGAACAGAAAAAUACCUAAAUUUAUUGAGGUUUUGAUGUCAAAAUAUUUUCUACUUCCCAGUUUAUUGACAAAUAAUGGCAUUGUAAGUAACCCUUUUUGGGUUUAACACCCUCAAAAAUAUCAACACUGAGCAUCCCAGGCACUAUCAAAACAUUGAUGUUUAUUGAUGUUUAACCCAUCCUUUUUUUAGCUCAACCUAUAGUGUGAGUUUGGGGCUUGGCCACUUGUAGUAGGCUGUUCAGCUUCGCCUACAGAUGUUAAAACCAAAAUUCCAAGACUUGCUUGAAGACAAAGAGACAUUAGAAUGGAGUUAAACCAGAAUGAACACUGGUGUUAUAUUUACAAGUUGGAGGACAUGCACAAACACACCACCACCAAUGAUGAGAUUGCCUUGGCAAAUGGAAGAGGCAAUAAUGAAAUUGUGACGCAAGUCACUAAUACAUAUUUAACGAUGGUUAAUGGAGGAAUGUGUCACAUUACACAGGCUGCUUAGCCGCAGACCAGUCAGAGUGCCCAUGAUGACCCCUGUCCACUGUCAAAAGCGCAUACAAUGGUCAUACGAGUGUCAGAACUGGACCUGAUGUAAUCCAUUUUCAUUUAUAUCACGUGGACGGCCAUGUACGUGUGCACAGUUUACCUGUGGCCGUACUCUUUUUAAAACAGUUUUAUACACAGGAACAAGUAGGACAGUAUUAUGGUCCGAUGACCCCACUGGAGGCUGAAUCAAAGUGCUUUGAAGGAAUUUGUGAACCAUGGCAGUAGACUCCUCCAGACCACAAGCUGAUGGUCUGAGGAGUCUACUGCAUCCUUGCAGGGAUGUUUGGAGUGUACGGACUGGGAUGUUUUUUUAUGACUCUUGCUUGAAUAUAGAUGAGCUUACAGAUGUCAUUUGUAAUUAUAUCUCCUUUUGUGAAGAGAUGCUUAUCCCCCGUAAGACUGUUAAAAUAUUCUCAAACAAUAAGCCAUGGUUCACAAAUUCCCUCAAAGCACUUAUGAAUGAAAGAUGUAGAGCAUUUCAUGAGGGUAAUCUGGACAAAAAACUUGAACUGCAGAAGGAAAUAAAAAUAGAAACGAGAAAAGCAAAGUUAAAUUACAAAAUAAAUCUUGAGAAAAAGUUGAGCAUGAACAAUUUGGGGUCUGUCUGGAAGGGGAUGACGCUCAUAACCGGAAUUAAAGGGUGUGAGAUCAAGAAAGUUCAAUUACCUGGGUAUGACUCUAGUAGUCAGUUGGCAGAGGACUUAAAUAAGUUUUAUUUACGAUUUGAUGUGCCUGAAUUUGGUCCUGUGACAGAGUCUAUGAAAUCUAAAAUGAGUUAUGGUUGUGCUUAUAACUUUUUUGAUGAAUUGUCUGUGAUGGAAGUCUUCAAGGGUUGUAAUGUGAGAAAAAGCCCUGGUCCAGAUAAAAUCGGAGGGCGUUUGAUUAAGGUCUGUGCAGAACAAUUGGCACCAGUGUUUUGUAAUAUUUUUCAAAGAUCACUUGCCCUCCAGAGAGUUCCAAAACUUUGGAAGGAAGCCACUGUAGUGCCAGUGCCGAAAACUACACAUGCUGUAACAUUAAAUGACCUUAGGCCAAUAGCAUUAACAUCCCUUAUAAUGAAAUGCUUUGAGAAAUUAGUAAAAGAAGAAUUGUUAGGUAAAACUAAGAAUCUGUUAAACCCUCUUCAGUUUGCCUACAGAACUAAGUGAGGUGUUGAGGACGCAACAGCAACUCUACUAAAUAUAGUAUUGCAGCAUCUAGAGGGUAGUAAAACACACGCCAAGCUCUUAUUUAUUGAUUUCUCAUCUGCUUUUAAUUCUCUACAACCACAUAUUUUAGCAGAUAAGUUAAUAACUAAUUUUGGUCUUGAUCUUAACUUGGUAGGUUGGGUCUUAGAUUUUUUAACUGAACGAACUCAAAGAGUGCGAGUAAAUGGUAGUCUCUCAGCACCCCUGAUAACGUCUACAGGUUCUCCUCAAGGAUGUGUCUUGUCUCCUUUAUUGUAUAGUUUAUAUACAAAUGAUUGUAUAAGUAAACAUAAAAAUAGGCAUUUUUUAAAAUUCGCAGACGACACAGUCAUUGUGAGUCUUCUAGAAGACAAUGAAAUCUGCCAUGGUCCAGUGGUUGAUGAUUUCGUAAAAUGGUGUGAUGAUGCCUGUUUGCAGCUCAAUGUAUCCAAGACAAAAGACAUGAGUAUUGACUUCAGAACACAAACACAUCCUUCCCAAGACACAUUUAUUAAGAACAAGAAGGUGGAAUGUGUGGAAAGCUAUAAAUAUCUGGGGACAAUUAUUGAUAAAAGAUUGCGGUUUGACUUGAACACAGAGGCCCUGUGUAAAAAGGGACAGCAGCGCCUUUAUUGUCUUAGAAAAUUGAGAUCAUUUAAUAUAGACAAGACACUGAUGGAACUGUUCUAUAAGUCUUAUAUAGAGCCAGUGUUGUCCUUUUCCAUUAGCUGCUGGUUUGGAAAUCUUAGUGUGAAAUACAAAAAUGCACUAAAUAAAUUAGUCAGAAACAGUGGGAAGAUCAUAGGCAAAGAGCAAAGAUGCUUGACAGGUCUGUUCAACAGAAAUGUUUUGAGUCGAGCACACACUGUGAUUUUAGACAGGGAACACUUCUUAUACCCAGAGUUCUCCAUGCUGCCCUCAGGUCGUCGUUAUCGAUUACCAAAGAUUAAAAAUAAUCGAUAUAAAUUCUCCUUUGUUCCGAUUGCAAUUAGACUACUAAAUAAGUCUUAAAGGUAUUUAUUAAGGGUUUUUUAUAUUUUUAUUCUAUAUUUUAUGUAUUUAUUGUAUUUGAAAUCCUUAAUGUGUAUUGCUAUUGCUAUUAUGAUGUAUUGUAUGUGUCAGUUUGUGUCUGUUUAUCUGUGCUGCACACAAAUUGCCCAUAAGGGAUCU